AUAGAUAAAUAGUUGCAAUUAAUGCAAUUGAAAAUGUCAAGUUUAAAAUUAGUUAUUUUGUAAUUUAAUCGUAAUUUUAUAAAUCUAAUUGUCUAGUUAUUUAUGUUCGUUCGUUAUUGAUAAUUCAUUUUGAAUCAAAUGGAAAUUACUGAAGUAUUGCCAAUAAAAUCUUUAGAAGAAGCAUUGUCAUGGAAACCAUUGACUGAAUCCCUUCCUGUUAUAGAUUUGCAGGAUCGUGCAAAUUACUCUAUUAAUGGCAAAGAUUAUAAAUGUCAUGAACGUUUCUUAACAUCAAAACGGUUGCUUAAUCAAGGCCUUCCAAAAACACUCAUAUGUCAUGAUAUGCAGGGGGGUUACUUAAAUGAUAGAUUUGUAAAUGGGACAAAAUCUAGUAAUGAGUAUACAUUUUAUAAUUGGUCUGUAAUAGAUACAUUUGUUUAUUUUAGCCAUCAUUUUAUCACUAUACCACCAAUUGGUUGGAUAAAUGCAGCACAUAAACAUGGUGUUAAAGUACUUGGAACAUUAAUUACAGAAUGGACUGAUGGAAACACUCUAUGGUUACAAGUAUUUAGUAAUUUAGAAAAACGAGAUCAUUUAGUAGAUAAGUUAGUGGAAAUAUGUAAACAUUAUAAAUUUGAUGGUUACCUUUUUAAUGUUGAAAAUGAAUUAGAAUCAGAAAACAUUGAAAAUAUGAUAGAAACAGUAAGUUUAUUAAGAACUAAAUUAAAGACUGAAAUAACACAUUCUGAAGUGAUUUGGUAUGAUUCUGUUAGUAUGGAAACUGGAAAACUUAUUUGGCAAAAUCAACUAAAUAAUCAUAAUAAAUUAGCAUUUCAAGCUUGUGAUGGCAUAUUUCUUAACUAUAAUUGGAAAGAAGAAGAUCUUGUAAAAUCUGUUGCUAAUGCUGGAAAUAGAGUAAUUGAUGUUUAUGUAGGAGUAGAUGUAUUUGGUAGAAAUUGCAUUGGAGGUCUUGAUUGUCAUAAGUCAUUAGAAAUAAUUAGAAAAUAUGACUUAUCUGUAGCAAUUUUUGCACCUGCUUGGACCUAUGAAACAUUAAGCGAUAAGAAUAAAUUCAAUUUGGUAGAAGAUACAUUUUGGAGAAAACUUUAUCCGUUUUUGUAUAUUCACAUUCCUUGUUCUUUACCAUUUUCUACGUACUUUUGUCGAGGUUAUGGAUCAAAAAAGAUUGAAAAUUUUGUUUUGUCUUCUUUGGAUGCCUGGUAUAAUUUAUCAAAACUAAAUUAUCAACCAUCUGUUCCAUUAUGUUUACUAGAUGGUAACUUUCCUUGUAUUUCUUAUAUUGACGGUGAAGCAGUUUUAGGUGGCGGUUGCUUUAGAUUAAAUGGUAACAAUGAAAAUACUUCUUAUCAUAGGAUAUUUGUUUGUCAUUUUGAAAUUAAAUCAACAUUA